CAAGGCUUUCAAAAAUGGAUCACUACCACUGUACCACAAAAUCAUAACUAUCGAUUUUGUACGUAGAUAUCUCGAAGAUGGAGAACAUAAGCAAUAUUCCGGAGUUGGCGCUAACCGUCGUCCCAAAUAGUAUUGCAAGUGAUAAAAGCAGUAUUCCGGUGCUAGGUUUAGGAACGGCUGCAUAUCCUUUUGUUGCCUCUGAAGUAGCAAAAGAAGCCAUUCUCACUGCAAUCAAAGUCGGCUACAGACAUUUUGAUACCGCUGCUGUUUACCAGACGGAGCCAGUUCUUGGUGAAGCCAUUGCCGAAGCUCUUUCACUUGGCCUCGUCAAAUCCCGGGAUGAGCUUUUUGUUACUUCCAAGCUUUGGUGCACGGAUGCACACCAUCACCUUGUCCUGCCUGCCAUUCAUAAAACACUCGAGAAUCUAGGAUUGGAAUACCUAGAUUUGUAUCUCAUUCAUUGGCCUAUGAGUAUGGAGCCGGCGGAAAGCUAUGACAUACUUUUUAAGAAAGAGCAUUUUCUUCCUAUGGACUUCAAGUCGGUGUGGGAAGCAAUGGAAGAGUGCCAGAAGCUAGGCCUCACCAAGGCAAUAGGAGUCAGCAAUUUCUCAUGCAAAAAGAUUGAAAUCUUGCUUUCCACUGCAAAAAUCCCUCCUGCAGUCAACCAAGUGGAGAUGAACCCGCUAUGGCAGCAGAAAAAGCUGAGAGAGUUUUGUGAAAGAAAAGGUAUAAUCAUCACUGCCUACUCUCCUUUGGGGGCAAAAGGGGCACCGUGGGGAACAAAUGGAGUGAUGGAAUGUGAGACGCUCAAACAAAUUGCUGAAGCAAAAAGGAAAACUCUUGCUCAGGUUUGUCUGAGAUGGGCAUAUGAGCAAGGGGUGAGUGUGGUGGUGAAGAGCUUUAACAAAGAGAGGAUGAAGGAAAAUAUGGACAUAUUUGAAUGGGAGCUGCUGCCUGAGGAAGUUGACAAGAUCAAUCAAAUUCCGCAAAAGAGAGGAUGUCAAGCAUCCGAGUUGGUUUCAGAUAAUGGCCCUUUCAAGUCUCUAGAAGAGGUUUGGGAUGGAGAUAUUUAAGGUCAAUCGAUGACCGAGAUUUAUUAAUCAAUAUUACAUAUGUCGUAAUUGUAUAAAAAAAAAAACAUAUGUCGUAAUUUGCUCAAAUUGCUUUUGGCUGAUCAGAUCAACUUCUGUUCAAUAAUGCUCGAAGCAAUAUUUUGAUUUUUCUUUUCUUUUUUGUGCACGAACUGAUGCGAAUAAUCGAUUAUGUAAUAGUUGUCAUUUUAUUAUCA